UGGCGACGGGCGCAGCGGCCCGAGGCCCGCGGAGGCGCCGGGAGCUGCCGUGGAGGCCUCGGCCGGGGGCCCCGCGCCCUGCCCGGGCAUGAGGCGGGGCCGGGGCCGCUCUCCACCGCUUCUGCGGGAAGAAGAUGAAUAUCUGCAAUAAACCCCACAAUAAGAUCGCUCCAGAGGAUUUGGGCGAAGCUGUCCCUGAGGUGAAGGUCCAACGCGCUCGAAGAAAUGGCUGGAGCUGGCCCCUGCACCUGUUCCAGGUCACUGCCUGGCUGCUGUUCCUGUUCUUUGCUCUGGUUGGCUUUGGGAUCCUGGUUCCCCUCCUGCCCCGCCACUGGCUGCCCGCGGGUUACAUCUGUCCAGGAGUGUGUUUUAUCUACCAUUUAGUUGUUCAUCUUACUGCAGUUUCAAUUGAUCCUGCGGAUGCAAACGUGCGAGAAAAAAACUAUCUGGGGCCUCUGGCCACCUUCAACCGUAAGCAGCAUGCACAUGUCAUUGAGAACCAUCACUGCCAUGUCUGUGAUGUGGAUGUGAGUGCCAAGUCAAAGCACUGUGGAACUUGCAACAAGUGUGUGUGUGGCUUUGAUCAUCACUGCAAAUGGCUCAACAACUGUGUGGGAGAGAGGAAUUACUGGCUCUUUUUGAACAGUGUGCUGUCUGCCAUUCUGGGCCUGGGGCUUCUGCUGCUCGUCGCUUUCUACGUCUUUGUGGAGUUCUUCGUGGACCCCGCGGUGCUUCGCUCUGACCAGCACUUCGAUGCUUUGAGGAACCACAUGGACCGCUGGUUUGUGUUUCUUCCUGCAUCUCCUGUUGAGACUCGGGCACCUGCCAUUUUGGUGACAGCUGGGAUUUUCAUUCUUCUGAGCCUAGUGACCAUGAUCCUGCUGGGCCACCUCUUGACCUUUCACAUCUAUCUCUUGUGGCACAAGCUGACUACGUAUGAGUACAUCCUGCAGCAGCGUCCCCAGCAGCAGCCAGACAAGGUGGACAAGAAAGAGGAGUCUUGUUCCUCCCAAGUGAGACCCAGUCAGGAAGCAGAGUUAUUGUCAGGUAAUCCUGGCUAUACAGACCCUGGAAUUCGAGUAGAAGAAUUCUCAACAGUAACUGCAGGAAAAAGCUUUCCACAGCUCUAUGUCCAUAACCAAGAAGGUGACCCCAAGCAGAGCUCAUCCCCUGAGUCCCCAUCUCUGCAGUCUGUGGCCCCUUCUCAGCAGCAGAAGAAAAGAAGAAAGAAAAUGCAGAAAGUUUCUUCCUCUGCAAUGGACAGUGGAUCUAAAGCCCAUGCUACACCUCAGCUCUCCUUCCCAGAUCCCUCAUCAGAGCUCCCAGCCAUGGCUGCUGCCACCUCACCUUCCCACAGGCUUCAGCUCUUAGUGCCAGCUUUUCCUCUGAGAGCUGCUGUGUCCCCCAGCAGCAUGGGCCUCAUCCAGGCAGCAGCACCCCCAGCUCACUAUCACUCACAGUCUGCUGAGUCCAUGGAUGAGAUUCCUGUGGCUCAGACUUGCCUUGGGAGCCCAGUCCUUCAAGGGCCUCCUAAGAAAAACUCAGGCAACUCUCAACGUUAUCCCUUGUCCACAGACAAUCCCAGAGGAGUCAGGAAGAAGAAUCUGUAUUCUGAGCACAAGGUCAAAAGGAGAAGCUGCCAGCAGGACAGACACAUGGAACGAGACCUGGAGCUUUUUUCUAAGAUUCCUGCUGUGUUUGUAAGUAAGAGCAGUGGAGAACCUCUUGUCCCUCAGCCCCAGCCCAAUGAGAGCACGUCAGAGCCUGACCACAGAAAAUGCACCAGCAAGCAGCAUGUGGGCACACAGGAUCCAUGCUCAAAGGACAUAAGGACAAGCACCACAGCGGCCUAGGGACCAUCCUUCCAAAGCCAUGGCCUUUGGGAGCAGCAUUAGUGCUGUGUGGAGCCCUGCAGGACUCACUCUCACUGUGCUGUCAGGCUGCAGUGGGACAUUUCUCAUGCUCAGCCAAAGGCAGGAGGCAGCAAGGUGGCAAACCUGAGGUAGACUUGUUGCUCAUGAGAGCUCAAGUGCUUUCCCUGGAAGGCCAACCCCUCUUGGCCCUCUGCAUGCUGGUACUGCAGUAAGUUCCCAGCAGAGUGUAUGGGGAAGAGCAAGGCUGCACCUCUGCCAUUCCCUGCUCCCUGAAAGCUGUAUUUCCAUCUGCCUACUCCCUGUCAUUGGAUCAUGCUCAGGGGCUUCAGCAGGUGGCCAGGGAGUAACCUCAGGAUUGCCCCAUCCCUUAUACCGCUUUCCACUGUGCACCCUCAAGCCAACUCCACCACCAGCAUCUUCUCUGGAAGGCAGCAUAGCUUGACCUGCUCCCCCUUCCCAGCAGCCUGGGGUGCCCCACACUGCAGCAUUCUCAUCAGAAGUUUUGGGAUACAGAAGGCCCUGAAACCUUUGCAAUUCCUGGGCUGCCAGAUCUGUAUUAGCCCCCAGCCAAUCCUGGUGUGUGUGUAGUGCAGAAAGACCCCACAGCAGACAGUGGGGCACAUGGCCAGUGCCUGGAGCCACAGCAGAUUGUGCUGGGGGUGAGCUGCAGAGAGCUGUCUGGGCUGCCAUCCUACAGCACCUCUGCUCUCCCUGCCCUCUUGGCUUCCCCAGGCAGCAUGCCCUGUUCCAUGUUCCCGGCUGAGUGCUGAGGCUGGGCCUUCAGCAAACCCUGUCUGCCUAGCAGCUAGCUGAUCUCAGAGCCCAGACAGCAGUCACCAGCAUGGCCAUGUCUGACAGGAUUUGGCACAGCCCUGAGCAGCAGCACUGGCAUGGCUGGAUGCACAUUUCCAGGCACAUCCCCAGCACAGCACACUGCUGGUGCUGUGAGCAGACAGGUGCACCAGCAAAGAAAAGGAAGCCACGGAAGUCUUCAUCACCCUUCAAAAUGACCUUUCUCCAGCCUAUGGUGGGUGCAGGUUAAGGAAGGACAGGACAAAGCAUGGUGCUGUGAGAGCCAAGGUAAGCUGUUCUCCCUCAGUCUGCAAGCAUUCCUUGGAAUUGAGCAGGACAGGGAUCUGGGGCCAAAGGCUCUUUGGGCACAGUCAGCAUGAGACAGGCAGGCUGAACUCACAGCCUUGAUGGGAGAGUCUAGCCUGAGAGAAAGACCUGGGAGUGUUUUAAAGGGCUGCCUUACCACUCUUCUCUUGUGUGAUUUUUGUCUCCUGGAAGAACUGGGAUGAGGAGCUUUGACUCUUCAUCAAUUUACCCCAUCUGUUCAUCAGAAGAAGUCAAGUCUCAUGUAGCUGUUGAAGUCAUUUUGUCUCAGUUUGCAGGAAGGGCUGGCCUGUGGUCACACUCCUUGCAGCUUCCCUGCCUGCUGUGGCCAGUGGUGCCCUCUGGCAGUGUGACCCUUGGGAAAGCAGGUGAGUGUGGACCAGCAGACAUGGCACUGGUGUCUGCAGAGACCAGGGCAUUGCUCACCUAUGGCUCCCAGUUAGACAAAGCCCUUCCUGUUGUUUCUCCUCAUGUCUGCUGUCAUCCAAGGAAACUGUGUCCUGCAGCAAUGCUGGGCUCAUGGUUUUCCAAGGCCAGCUGCCCCUCCACCAGAAAGCAUUGGUAAUUCCUCUUCAGCAGGUGCCCCUGAGCAGACCUUGUGUGUUUUCUUACUCUGUCCAUGCAGAAUCAGUCCCAAAAUCAUGUAUAGAGCUCUUUGGUAGCUCUGGCCACAAUAAAAUUUUCUAUAUUCUUUGCUAAA